AUGUCAUUACCAAUAUUUCAGUAUUUUCCACUAGAAUCUACUAAAACGCGUUUAAAUGUUGGAGCGUCAACGGCUGAAAGUACAACACAAUCAGCAACAACACCCCCGUCCGCAACAUCAAUACCGCCUGAAGAGAUAACAGGUCUUCGACGUGGGAAAUGUAAAUGGUUCAAUGUGGCCAAAGGUUGGGGCUUUAUUACACCUGACGAUAAUGGUCAAGACGUGUUUGUACAUCAAAGUGUGAUCCAAAUGACUGGUUUCCGUUCAUUGGGUGAUGAUGAACAAGUUGAAUUUGAAUGUCGGAUAUCAGAUAAAGGUUUGGAAGCAACAAAGGUAACUGGUCCAAACUCUGCUGAUUGUCAUGGAUCACAUCGCAGACCUGUUAGCCGUAGACGAUUUAGAAAAAUUAGGUGUUACAAUUGUGGUGAAUUUGCUAAUCAUAUCGCUGCAAAAUGUGCUCUUGGUCCACAACCAAAACGUUGCCAUGCAUGUAAAAGUGAAGAUCAUCUGAUUGCUGACUGUCCGAAAAGACCUGCCGGUGAAAUACGUUCCAAAUCAGGUUUGACUGGUGACAGCGGUAGUUCUUUUAGUGACUCGUCUCCAGAAGGUAUGCCGGCAACAAGUAGUGAAGACGCGAGCGCUGUCACUGCGGCAAUAACAGAACUAAAAUUAACACAUCAAUAAAGUUCAAGUCUUGACUAAAUUUAUUUUAACUACUAUUUUCGA